GUCUUCAAAACCGGAAGAGGUCCCUGAGCUAGGGAGAGGCUACGUGAGUCUGUUGUGAGGACCAUAGUCCCGCGUGAUCAGAUGAGGACCUUACAGCUCAAAAGAAAUCAAGCAUUUUGCCCAAGUUCAAGCAAGUACUGAGUGUCAGCGCCAGUAUUCAAACCCAGUGCUGUCCUGCUUUAAGUCCAACACUGCCUCCACCUUAGAAGCGAGAAAAUGAAAAGGAUUGGAGAUAUUUUCUUCUGCUUGACUUUGUAAACUGCUUUGGGAGAGAUGACUUGGACUGACAGAGUUUGUUGGCUCAGGGCUAGAAGUGACUGGCAAAGGUGACUCGGCCUUUAGUGGUGCUUUUGCUUAGAGAUCUGAAGAUUCAAACAUUAUGAAACCCAAGUCUUUUAAAAAUACGUUAAUUCUUACAUUCACCCAGGCUGCCGUCUCACCAACACGGCCAGCUUCUCAAUGCAUUCAGAGACAUACCAUCCUUAACAUUCAGAGCAAAUAGACAUUUUGCUUAUUUUGAAAAUAUGACAUUCCUUUGGUCUUUAAUGCUAAUGUUAAAUGCUACAGUAAAUAUAACAUGUAUUAGUUUUUAAUGGAAGCUUUAAAAAAAGUUUCAGCUCACCAUUCAAUGAAUUUGUGCAAUAACUUCUGGUUCCUUGAUUCAGGGCCCCGUUCCCCAUCCUCAGCUUUUUGCCUGUGCUUGUCAUUGAGCCCACUUGUAGUCUUCCUGCUCUACAGUGAGAGGAUGAGGACUAAAGGUCUUUAUGUUUCUCACUGCCUGCAUUUGUUUGUGAAUGUCUAUAUUCCCAUAUGUAUCUGAACCAAUUCUAAGUGCUCUUUUUACAACUUACUCAAGAAGUCUCCCUGAUGUUUGGUUUGUGGGCCGUUUGUCCACGAACUCACCACAGUUUUUCCAAGGUCCAUGGUUCAGCUAUGUGAUUGAGGUUGCUGGGGUCCAUCCUCCUAAUUAUGAUCUUUUUUUGCCCAUAGUUCCCCUUAGUAAUGUACAAGUGCCCAUUUUGGGUCUGAAAAGGUUAGCUCCCUUGUGGGGAUAGUUUUGAGUAUCUCAGUGAAGGUCUUAGCUGGAGAGGUGAUGCCUCUGAAGGAAGUGAUGGUUGUGUAUCCAGACCCCCAAAUUCCCACCACACAUAAUGAAGAUAGCAUCCUGGGAAUGGAUGUCCCUUGGGUUCAGGAAAUCAUCCAAGGAGAAUGGAAGUCUGACCUUGAGGCUUCUCGACAGCGCUUCAGGUUUUUUCGAUACCCAGAAGGGGCUGGGCCCCUUGAGGCCCUGAGCCAACUUCAGGCACUUUGUCUUCAAUGGCUGAGGCCAGAAAUUCAUACAAAGGAGCAAAUUCUGGAGCUGCUGGUGCUGGAACAAUUCCUGGCUAUCCUGCCUGGGGAAAUCAGGGCUUGGGUGAAAUCACAAAAUCCAAAGACAAGCGAGGAGGUGGUGGCCUUGGUAGAAGAUAUGGCCCAAAUACCAGAGGAAGGAGCUCUGCCUUCGGAGGACUCCGCACUCACCCACGAGGGGAACACUGAGGCGGGACAUGGUUCCGUAUUCUUGACAAGCAGAGCCCAGGAUGCGCUAACAUUCCAGGAUGUGGCUGUGGACUUUACCUGGGAAGAAUGGGGGCAACUGGACCCUGCUCAGCAGAAUCUGUACAGGGAUGUGAUGUUGGAGAACUAUCAGCACCUGAUCUCUCUGGGGUUUCCGGUUUCCAAACCAGUUGUGAUUUCCCAACUGGAGCAAGGAGAAGUACCAUGGGCUAUGGAGAGAGAAGUUGCCAAAGGUUCCUGUCUAGAUUGGGAAGCUAGACACGAGACCAAGGAAUCAAAUUCAAAGCAAGACUUAUCUGGUGAAAAAUCAUCCCAGGAAAGACUAACAAAGGAUGGUCCUGAGCUGUUGAUCAAAGAUUGGGACUAUGGUGGCAGAUUUGAGACAAAACAGCAGGGGAACUUGAGGAGAGAUUCAAAGCACGUACUAAUCACCCACAAGAAAACCCCUAAUAGAGUGAGAAAAAUUACACUGCAGAGAAAUUACAGUCCAGGGUCAGUCCCUGUGACACAACAAACUGAGCCUGCAGGAAAGAGUUUCCAUCAACAUGGCGCACGUGAAAAGACCCUCCAAAAGCUGUCCGACCUAAUUAAACGUAAUAGAAUUACUUCAGGGAAGGAAUCUAUUAAAUAUAAUAAAUGCACUAGAGGCUUUAGUUACCAAUCGGAUAUUAUUCAGUAUCCUGAAGUCCCUGCUGAAGACAAAUCCUAUGUAUGUAAUGAAUAUGAGAAAGACUUUAGUCAAAAGGAAUACCUGAAUCAACCACAGAAAAGUCCUGUUGGAGAAAAGACUUAUAAUUAUGAGGAAUGUAGGAACAUCUUCAGCCAGAUGGAGUACCUUGCUAACCAGGAGACACUUGGUACCGGAGAGAAACCCUUCACAUACAGUGACUGUGGGAAAACCUUCUCUGAUGGCUCAUCUCUCACUAAACCUCAGAGGAUUCACACAGGAGACAAAUCCUGUAAAUGUGAUGAGUGUGUGAAAGCUUUCAGUAACAAGUCGUCUCUUACUGAACAUCAGAGAAUUCAUACUAGGAAGAAACCCUAUAUAUGUAAUUCAUGUGGAAAAACAUUCCAGCAGAGCACAAAUCUUAUUCACCAUCACAGAAUUCAUAUGGGAAACAAUCCCUAUACGUAUGAUGAAUGUGGGCAGGCCUUUGGUGAAAAUUCAUCCUUCUCUGAACAUGAAAGAAAUACAGGAGAGAGAGGUUGCGAUCAUAAUGAACGUGGGAAAUCCUUCAGCCAGAGAGGACAUCUUAGUAAACAGAGAAUUAAUCCUGGAAACAGCCCAUACAAAUGUAAUGUAUGUGGAAAAGCCUUUAGUACUAGUUCCUCCUUUAUCCAGCAUCAGGUCUCCCAUGUUGGAACUAAUCCUAAACGUAAUAUAGGUGAAAAUGCUUUUGGACAGAGCCUUAUUAAGCAUCAGAAAUGUGUCAUAGGAGAGAAGCCUUAUCGUUGUGGUGAAUGUGGGAAAACAUUUAGCAAAGGUAGGUGCCUUAUUCAACAUCAGAGAAUUCAUACUGGAGAAAAACCUUAUAUAUGUAAUAUAUGUGAGAGGGCCUUUACCCAAAGGGGAAACCUUGUUAAACAUAGGAGAAUUCACACUGGAGAGAAGCCCUAUAAAUGUAAUGAAUGUGGCCAAGCCUUCAGCCAGAGCUCAUCUCUUACUGAACAUCAAAGAAUUCACACUGGUGAGAAACCCUAUCAUUGUAAUGUGUGUGGAAGAGCUUUUGGUCAGGGUAGGAGCCUUACUCAACAUCAGAGAAUUCAUACUGGAGAGAAACCCUAUAAAUGUACUAAGUGUGGUAGAGCCUUUAGUCAGGGUCGAAACCUUACCAGACAUUGGAGAAUUCAUACUGGAGAGAAACCCUUUAAGUGUAGUGAAUGUGGGAAAGCCUUCAAUCAGAGGGAGCAUCUUACUAAGCAUUGUAGAUUUCAUACUGGAUGUCCCUCCUCCCGCCCAUACGCUGGGCGGCGCGCCCGGUGCAUUCUGGGGCUUGUAGUUCGCACGGCGGCUGCGCACAGGCGCAGCGUCGGUGGGUGGGGCCACAGCCCCGCGAGCGUAGGUCGGGCGGGCGGCUCGGAGCUUUCCCGAGGAGAGCGGGCCGAAGAGGGGGGAGGGGCGCGCGUGCCGGGGGCCCAGCGGGUGAGUGUGCCUCGACCCGCUCGCUCUCCUCUGCGCGCCGAGCUGCGGGUGGGGAAGGGGGAACGGCGUGUGCGUGGGUGUGCGCACGCGUGUCGAUGUGCGCCUGGGGGGGGUGCGCGCGCGUGGCUCGCGGGCCGGGGCGCGCCCUCUCGCGCAGGCUCCGGAAGGAGGGGGCCUCGUGGGGGAGGGGCCUGGCCCCCGGCACCCAGCCGCCAACCCCCGAGGUCGCCCCCGGCCUUACAAACACCCUCCCCACCCUCGUCUGAACCCUGUUGCCCCCCACGGACCAUCCGGGAGGCCCGGGGGGGAGGGGCUGGGCGCGCGGCCUCGCGGGGUGGGCCUGUGGGGGGAGGGGCCCCGCCCCCCUCCCGGUCCCGUCGAUCUUUCCCCUCCUCCCCCGAUCGUCCAUCGGUCUCUGUGGUCCGAGGACUGACGGGGACGAUGUGUGGCGGGGGCGCCGGGGUAGCCCUCAGCAGGGGGAGGGGCAAGGUCGGCGGUCUCUGGGGCUGGGGGCGGGGAGGGCCCUGCGGGGUAUCGAUCUCCCGUUCCCUCGGCCCAUGCCGUCCCCCUCCUCCUCCGGGACGCCCUCCGUCGAUCUUUCCCCUUUUCAUCCUCGUCUUCGGGUCCUUCUUGGCUGCCUCGCCUUCCCUGAGCCCGCUCCCUCCCCCCCCCCGCUGCUCCGGGGGCUCGGCCCGGCCGCCCCCCGCGGUGACCGGCACUGGGAGGGGCGUUGAGGUUUGCAAAGCGCUCGGCGUCUCCUCCCAUGGGACCCUCACAGCCCCGGGAAGGACGUGCUCUUGUAUGUCCCAUUGUACAGAAGAAGCAGGUUCCUUCCCCACCGUCCACAAACACUCACCCCCGCCCCCACCAGCACCUCCACUUCAUCCUGUUACCUUCUCAGUCUUAUCAGGAGACCCUGAGGGUCGUGUGGAGGUGGGGGCAGGUCUAGGGCAGCUGCAGCCCCCAGAGCAGCCUCGUCCUCUCAGUCCCCUGAAAGGGCACCGAUUUACCUUUGGCGGGGUGUCACCAGGUAUGUCCAUACGUCCUCCUGGACGCCUCUUCACUGGCGGCUCGACUAGACAUGGCUUUUCCCUCAUGUUUGCUUUCUUCAAGUCCUUGAUGAGGCCCCAGACUGCUCUUUUCCAAGAAACGAACAUGGACGAAGAGGAGGGAAUGACGUCUGGGUUCCUCACAGCUAAGUCGCAGAAAUCAAUGACCUUCAAGGAUGUCUCCGUGGACUUUACCCAGGGGGAGUGGGGGCAGCUGGACCCAUCUCAGAGGGACUUGUACAGGGACGUGAUGCUGGAGAACUACAGGAACCUGGUGUCCUUGGAGCUUCAGGUUAUCAAACCAGAGGUGAUCUCCAGGUUGGAGCGAGGGGAAGCACCGUGCAUGCUGGAGAGAGAAGGCCUGAUAGGCUCCUGUCCAGAUAAUGAUACUAGACCUGGGUCCAUGCAGAGAGAUUCAAAGGAUGGCAUUCAUAUGGAAGAAUCAUUGCAAGAAAGCUUCUGGAUGAAUGUUCCCUUGGACUUUAAGUUGGAACAGGUCUGGGAAUAUGAUGCUAUGUUUGAGAAGCAACUCAGCAACCACGAGAAAGAUUUAAGGCAAGUAACAAACACCAACAAUAACACUUCCAGUGAAAUGAAUGAUCAAGAAUGUAAUACAUUUGGGAGAAGUUUCAGUAUGAUGUUACUCACUGAUGCACAAGAGAAUGUUAGUAUUAAAAAAACUCUCCAUAAAUAUGACACACGUGGAAAUAACUUCAAACAAUAUUCAGAGCUAGUAAGGCGCAAUAGAAUUGCCUUUGGGAAGAAACCCUAUAAGUAUAAUGAAUGUAGCAAAGCUUUCAAUUAUCACUCAGAUCUGAUUCGAUAUUACAGACUACCUGGUGGAAAAAAAUCUUACGAUAUUGUUGAGUUAGGGCAAAGCUUCCCGCAAAGGAGGCACCUUAUUCAACAUGCUAGAAUUACUUCUGGAGAGAAACCCUUUAAGUGUAGUGAAUGUGGAAUAGCAUUCAGACAAAGUAUGCACCUUAUUCAGCAUCAGAGAAUCCACACUGGAGAGAGACCUUAUAAAUGUAGUGAUUGUGGACAAGCCUUCAGACAAAAAAUGCACCUAAUCCGACACAAGACACUUCAUAGUGGGGAGAAACCCUAUCAAUGUAAUCACUGUAUUAAAUGCUUUAGUGAUAGCUGGUCACUUGCUCUACAUCAGAGAAUCCACACUGGAGAGAAACCGUAUAAUUGUAGUGAAUGUGGAAAAGCUUUCAGACAAAAAAUUCACCUUACUCGACAUAAGACACUUCAUAUUGGGGAGAAACCCUUUAAAUGUAAUCAGUGUGGUAAGUGCUUCAGUGACAGCUCGCCACUUCUUCUGCACCAGAGAAUUCACACUGCGGAGAAACCUUAUAAAUGUGGUGAAUGUGGAAAAGCCUUCAGACAGAGUAUGUAUCUUAUUCGACAUCAGAGAACUCACACUGGGGAGAAACCCUUUAUUUGUGGGGACUGUGGAAAAUCUUUCAAUGACAGCUCAGCCCUUACUUUACAUCAGAGAAUUCAUACUGGAGAGAAACCCUAUGAAUGCAAAGAAUGUGGGCAAGCCUUCAGUCACAGUGGCAGCCUUACUCAGCACCAGAGGAUUCAUACUGGAGAAAAGCCUUAUCCAUGUAAUGAAUGUGGUAAGGCUUUUAGGCAGUAUUCAGCCCUGGCUCACCAUGAGCGAACUCACACUGGAGAGAAACCGUAUAUUUGUACGGAAUGUGGAAAAGCGUUUAGUCACAGUGGAACCCUUACUCAGCAUCAGAGAAUUCAUACUGGAGAGAAACCCUAUGAAUGCAGUGAUUGUGGUCAAGCCUUCACUUAUCAGGCAAGUCUUACUAAGCAUCAAAGAAGUCAUACAGGAGAGAGACCUUACAAAUGUAGUGAAUGUGGGAAAUCCUUCAACCAGAAUAUUUAUCUUACUCAGCACCAGAGGAUUCAUACUGGAGAGAAACCCUAUAAAUGUGCUGAUUGUGGAAAGUCGUUCAGUCAUAGGGGAAGCCUUACUGCACAUCAGAAAAUUCACACUGGAGAGAAAUCUUGUAAAUGUCCUGUUUGUGGGAAAGCUUUCCGCCACAUGAACCAGGUUACUCAGCAUCUCAGAAUUCAUACCGGCGAAAAACCUUAUACGUGUAUGGAAUGUGGAAAAUCCUUCAGUCAUAGUGGAAGCCUUACAACACAUCUGAGAAUUCAUACCGGAGAGAAACCGUAUAAAUGUGGCGAAUGUGGAAAAGCCUUCAAUCAGAAUAUUUAUCUUACCCAGCAUCAGAGAAUUCAUACCGGUGAAAAACCUUAUACAUGUAAUAAAUGUGGUAAGAACUUCAGGCAGUACUCAGCCCUUAGUCACCAUGAGAGAACUCAUACUGGAGAGAAACCCUAUAUGUGUAUGGAAUGUGGGAAAGCUUUCAGUCAGAAGGGAACUCUUACCAAUCAUCAGAAAAUUCAUACUGGAGAGAAACCUUUUAUAUGUAGUGAAUGUGGAAAAGCCUUCAACCAAAAUAUUUACCUUACAAAGCAUCAGAGAAUUCAUACCAGAGAGAAACCAUAUAAAUGUAAUGAGUGUGGGAAAGCCUUCAAGCAGGUCUCAGCCUUAAAGCACCAUAAGAGAAUCCACAAUAGAGGGAAAACCUUGUAAUUGCAGUUCAUGCGAGUAAGCCUUCAGUCAGCAGUGCUGCCUUGGUCAGCAACAUCGAAGAAAUAAUGGUGGAGGGUAAGUGUAGCCAGGAUACCAAAACUCACGGUGUGGAUCACUAGGCCAGUUUCUUUGGAAUCUCAUUGAGGAGUCCCUGCGCUAUGUCAGGGCUUGCUGUCAUUGGCACAUCCUACAAAGAGGAACAUCUGGAGGACCUCGCCAUCUAUUGGGAAUCCCUCUUGUACUUGGACUCUGAGAUGGACAUCGUGGUCAGCAAGCAUUUGUUAUAUGCCUGCUAUGUGCCAGGCACUGUGCUAGGUGCUUGAGGUACAGAGACAGAAAUGAAAUAGCCCUUGCCCUCAAGGAGCUUACAUUCUACUGGGGAGACAGGGGCAUACAGAAGCAUGUAUAAGGUACAAUAUACAGAUAAAAAAGGCAGUUUUUGGGGUGGGAGCAGUAGAAGGUGGGGGCAGGGGAGUGGGGAUCAAGAAAUCACUCUUGUAGAAGGUGGCAUUUGAGCCGAUAUUUAAAGAAAACCAGGGAUUCCAGGAGACCGAGGUGGUCAACACCUUGUUUGGCAGUUGUUGAAUGAGUUCCUUUUUGUUGUGUCUCCUAAGGAUUCUCAUGAUGUUGGUGUAUACAUGGGAGACCACUUGAUAGCAAACAGUAAGCACAGAGAGAUCUUAAUGUUCUCUGCACCUUUCAGUCAGUUGUGUGAUUGUAAAGCUGUAGUCUGCUAUAGAAUAGAAGUUUCUAAAACCUGCUUAUUCCUUUCUCCUACUUUGAUCAAGAAUGUUCCUGAUGUCUGUCUAGAUUAUUCUCAAUAAAGAUUUUGAAGAGCUGAAAAUGGUAGACGUAUAGGUUGGUAGUUAUCCUCAGUUUGACUCUUGUCUCAGCAGCAGAGACCUUUGUGCCGAAGGGGAAAAUGGUAUUAUUACUGUGAAUGUGGGACAGCCUUUAGUCAACUGAGAAGUUUUUAUCAGGGGAAGAAGCCCAUAAAUAUAACUUGAAAUGUAGUGUUUGUGGAAUGGCCUUUCACCACAUGAACCAGGUUACUCAACAUCUGAGAAUCCAUCCUGGAGAAAAACCCUAUACAUGUAUAUCACACAGAAAAAUCUGUUAGUCCCAGUGGAAGCCUUACUACACAUCAGAGGAUCUGUACCGGAGAGAAAUCCUAUAAAUGUUUCUCCCAGUGAUUAUGAGCAGGCCUUCGUUUGUGGUUUGCUCCUCUGCUCACAUUCCACAAAAGGGUUAUCUGGCGAUGUAAAUGUAAGUCAGCUCUGUAGUUAACAAAACAGUCCGGUUAUUUUGCUACAUGGGAUGGAGAAAUAGAAAAUUUCUCCAUUUGUUUUUCUCUGGUAAUACACUAUCGCUGUCAAAAGAGUGUAGGUUCAUACAAGGCCCAUCAGGAAGUACAUAAGUGUUUAGCUAAAACAAUGUCUUCAAAAUGAGAGUGUUUCUUCAAGCAAAAAAGGGAACCCAUUCAUGAAAACUAAAACAUUACUUCCCAAAACAUUCAGUAGACAGAUAGUCUUUUAUUGUGAGGCAGUAAGUGGAACAUGUAGAUGAGCUGGUUAAAGGAAACUUAGAGAGUAGAAGAUGCCAAGAGCCAGGAAACGGUUUGGAAGUGGAGUGUGGGUUAGUGGCUUCUUGGCCGCGGCUAGCCCGGAUAUGAAGACAGGCCUUCAAAGAAGGGAAAAGCGAUAGCUCUAGUUUGUCCUUAGGAUCAUCUGGUCUCAGUGUUUGAAAGCCGUUUAACUUAAGACUGGUGCCAAAAAUAAACUUCUGGCCGGACUGGAAGAAGAUGCAAAACAAAAUUAUUUUCUUUGCUUGUUUUUAUAUUUUCAUUUGUUUCUACCGAUGUUUUGUAUGUUUGUUUGACUGUUUUUGUUGAUGAUAAUUGGAUUUAAUAAAAAAAGAAUUGAGAUGAAUUCUUGAUUUGAAGACUCAAACCAGAGUCCCUGGACAUCAGCCAGUGAGGGAAGCAUAGCCCUGAAGGCCAAGGGAAUGCCAAAGAAGGUAAUAAUCACAAAAGGCUUGUUGAGAAAUGAAUGCUCAAGUUUAGGAAGAUUGCUAUCAUUAUGACAGGAGUCUAUACCAUGAAACUUGGGCUGGGCACAUGCAGAAAAAUUUCAGUGACAGGGCCUGUGAUUUCAUUUGGUGUUGGGAACUCCCUCUACCAAAAGCAUCUCAGCAUCCGGACUUCAACUUGCACUCUUCAACAGUUACCUGGGGCACUGAAAGGUUACGGGACUUACUAGGUCUUGCAGGCUUCCUGGACAGCUCUCUGUCUACUCUGCCUCUCUUUUUCAAUAAUAUAAUAAAAAAAUAAUAACAAGAGACAGGACAUCCUGAACCAUUGUUUAACAUUUGAGAAGGGGAAAUUCCUGCAUCAUACAGAAGGAGAGGAAGGAGGGAUGUCCUUGAUUAUGGUCAUGUGUUGUUUAAUGUUUUUAAGACCCCCGUGUUCACUGCAGUUGUGUCAUGCACAGAUGGCACACAUAUACAUUUUCAGACAACACAAGGCUUGGAAGGGUAGGAUCAUUAAAAGAUCUAGACAAGCUAGUACUUGGGGCCAGAGAAGAUUUGUAGUAGGGAUAAUUGUUGUUCGAAACUUGAACUUGAAAAAUCACCUCCACAAAUUAAAGGGUCAGCAUGGCCAGGCAGGAGUUUAUUGGUAAAACAUCCAGGACUUUAAUAGCCCCCAUAGUUUGGGUCAGCAAUUUGAUGUGGUACACAAUGGGGGAAGAAGCAAAAUUUCACUGGAAAGUGAGCCGGAGUACAGACAGAGCUGUACUUGGAAUCAGACAAUCUGGGUUUGUAUCCCAGCUCUGACCAUUACUCUGACCAAGGGCCAGUCACUGAACCCGUUUUCCUAAUCUGUCAAAAUCCUUCCUCUCCCUGUCUUCACGGUGUAAAAAAAGUGCUUUGUAGCUAGCAUUGAUAUGGCAAAUUUGCAAAGUGGCUUACAUAUAUUAUAUCUUGUGGUUCUCUGACUCUGUGAGCUAGCUGAGUGCUAGUCUUAUCUUUGUAUAUCUGAGGAGGCUUAGAAAAGUCAAGUCAUUUGUUCAGCAUCAUACAGCCAAAUGAGUGUCUCGGGCAGGAUUUGAAUUCAAGUCUUCCUGACCCCAGGGUUCAACGGUUUCUUCACUGUAGCACCUAGUGGUCUCUGCCUUUGUGAACCUUCAAGCGCUACUAACAUGAGAAUUACUGUAAUCAAGACUUUAUUCUGCUCUCCUGAAAACAGGCAAAAUCAGACGGCUUUUCUGUAUAUAUACUUGCCUAAGAUACUAGAGAUUGCCUAGGAUAAUAGAGAAAGGGAUGACUUCUCCUGAGUAUUGCCAGAGACUUCAGAAGGUGGGAUAAUUUAUAUGAGUAGUAUGUGGAAGCCUCCAGCAUCCUUAAGGGAGUACUUCAUGGAGGAGUCAGUUAUGAAGACGGCUGGAAAAAGAGGAAGUUCAACUAACUGAUUUCUUUCCAGCUCUAAAUCUAUAAUCCUAUAACAGACUUCCCAGGAGUUAUGGAAUCUCAUUGGUUCCCAAAGAGGAGCUAUUCAUGAACUGUUUUAUAAAAAAUUUUUUUCUGUUAACAAAAAAUAUUUUCUCUCUCUCCACCCUCCCCAGUGCCCCA